AUGUAUCGUUCUCAUCCAAGCAUAGUUCCUGUUGCUAAUAAAUAUCUUGCACAUAAAAAGUUUCUUCAAGAGCAAGAAGAUCAUAAACAUAAUAUUAAAAAUGCACAUGGUUUAUUAGAUCAAUCAAGUCCACCUUCUCGACCGCAUUGCUAUGAACGUGCUAGACAAAAACAGAUAAAAGAAUAUGAAUUAACUAUGAUUGAACGUGAAAAUGCACGUCUUCGUACAAGAAUGUUACAAAAUGGAGCAUUUGUUAGUACUCAUAACAAUUUAAAUACUGAAAAACGACAUCGUGAUGAAGUAGAACAUAAAAAUGAAAUUGAACGACUUCAAAAACAAAUAAGUCAUGUUCGAACAAAUUAUUCAACACGAGAUUAUCAAAAUGAUUUUGCUAAACAACAAGAUUUUAAACGACGAAUAAGCAAAUUUCCACCGAAUAAUAAAUAA